UGGCUCCAGCAACCACGCAGCGGGGUGCGCCGCGAAGGGAGCUGGAUGUUUUAGUCUCGGGGCACCCGCCGCGGGCUCUUAGUGUUCCGGACGCUGAACACCGAGAGCACCCCGGGCUCCGGGGCCUCCGGAGAACGCUGCCCCAUGAACGCGCGGGGAGCGGCCCCCGGCGUCCGCGCGUACCCGGCAACUCCCGGCGUCCCAACGGCUUCCCGCUGGCAGCCCCGAAGCCGCACCAUGUUCCGCCUCUGGUUGCUGCUGGCCCGGCUCUGCGGCCUCCUGGCGUCAAGACCCGGUUUUCAAAAUUCACUUCUACAAAUCGUAAUUCCAGAGAAAAUCGAAACAAAUACAAGUGACAGUUCAGAAAUAGAAUACGAACAAAUAUCCUAUAUUAUUCCAAUAGAUGAGAAACCGUACACUGUGCACCUUAAACAAAGAUAUUUUUUAGCAGAUAAUUUUAUGAUUUAUUUGUAUGAUCAAGGAUCCAUGAAUGCUCAUUCUUCAGAUAUUCAGACUCAAUGCUACUAUCAAGGAAAUAUUGAAGGAUAUCCAGAUUCCAUGGUCACACUCAACAUGUGCUCUGGACUGAGAGGAAUACUGCAAUUUGAAAAUGCUUCUUAUGCAAUUGAGCCUCUGGAAUCUGCAGUUGAAUUUCAGCAUGUUCUUUACAAAUUAGAGAAUGAAGACAAUGAUAUUGCAAUUUUUAGUGAAAAUAACAGAAGCCUGGAAGAACACACAAUGGAUGACAACAUUUUUAUAAGUGAACAAUCAGAACCAGCUGUUCCAGAUUUGUUUCCUCUUUAUCUAGAAAUGCAUAUUGUGGUGGACAAAGCUUUGUAUGAUUACUGGGGCUCUGAUAGCAUGAUAGUGACAAAUAAAGUCAUUGAAAUUGUUGGCCUUGCAAAUUCAAUGUUUACCCAAUUUAAAGUUACUAUUGUGCUGUCGUCAUUGGAGGUUUGGUCACAUGAAAAUAAGAUUUCUACAGUUGGUGAGGCAGAUGAAUUAUUGCAAAGAUUUUUAGAAUGGAAACAAUCUUAUCUUAACCUAAGGCCUCAUGAUAUUGCGUAUCUACUAAUUUAUAGAGAUUAUCCUGAUUAUGUGGGAGCAACAUUUCCUGGAAAGAUGUGUAUUACUCGUUAUUCUGCAGGAGUUGCACUGUACCCCAAGGAGAUAACUCUGGAGGCAUUUUCAGUUAUUGUCACCCAGAUGCUGGCACUCAGUCUGGGAAUAUCAUAUGAUGAUCCAAAGAAAUGUCGAUGUUCAGAAUCCAUCUGCAUAAUGAAUCCAGAAGCUUUGCAAUCCAAUGGUGUGAAGACUUUUAGCAGUUGCAGUUUGAGGAGCUUUCAAAAUUUCAUUUCAAAUGUGGGUGCCAAAUGUCUUCAGAAUAAGCCACAAAUGCAAAAAAAAUCUCCAAAACCAGUCUGUGGCAACGGCAGGUUGGAGGGAAGUGAAAUCUGUGAUUGUGGUACUGAAGCUCAAUGUGGACCUGCAAGCUGUUGUGAUUUUCGAACUUGUGUGCUGAAAGACGGAGCAAAAUGUUAUAGAGGAUCAUGCUGCAGAGACUGUCAAAUUUUACAAUCAGGUGUUGAAUGUAGGCCAAAAGCACAUCCUGAAUGUGACAUUGCUGAAAAUUGUAAUGGAAGCUCACCAGAGUGUGGUCCUGACAUAACUUUAUUCAAUGGACUUCCAUGCAAAAAUAGCAAGUUUAUUUGUUAUGAUGGAGACUGCCAUGAUCUUGAUGCACGUUGUGAGAGUGUAUUUGGAAAAGGUUCAAGAAAUGCUCCAUUUGCCUGCUAUGAAGAAAUACAAUCUCAAGCAGACAGAUUUGGGAACUGUGGCAGGGAUAGAAAUAAUAAAUAUGUGUUCUGUGGAUGGAGGAAUCUUAUAUGUGGAAGAUUAGUUUGUACCUACCCUACUCGAAAGCCUUUCCAUCAAGAAAAUGGUGAUGUGAUUUAUGCUUUCGUACGAGAUUCUGUGUGUGUAACUGUAGACUACAAAUUGCCUCGAACAGUUCCAGAUCCACUGACUGUCAAAAAUGGCUCUCAGUGUGAUGUUGGGAGGAUUUGUAUAAAUCGUGAAUGUGUAGAAUCAAGGAAAAUUAAGGCUUUAGCACUUGUUUGUUCUGAACAUCUUUGUUCUGGACAUGGAGUGUGUGAUUCCAGAAAAAACUGCAUUUGUUCACCAGGCUAUAAUCCUCCAAGCUGCCAAACACGUUCCAAAGGUUUUUCCAUAUUUCCUAAGGAAGACAUGGAUUCAAUCAUGGAAAGAGCAUCUGGGAGGACUGAAAACACCUGGCUUCUAGGUUUCUCCAUUGUUCUUCCUAUUCUCAUUGUAACAACCAUAGUAGUUUUGGCAAGGAAGCAGUUGAAAAAGUGGUUCAUCAAGGAAGAGGAAUUCCCAAGUAGCGAAUCUAAAUCAGAAGGUAGCACUCAGACAUAUGCCAGCCAAUCCAUCUCAGAAGGCAGCACUGAGACAUAUGCCAGCCAAACCAGAUCAGAAAGCAGCGGUCAAGCUGAUACUAGCAAAUCCAAAUCAGAAGAUAGUACCCAAGCAUAUACUAGCAGAUCCAAAUCACAGGAAAGUACCCAAACACAAAGCAGUAGUAACUAGUGGUUCCUUCAGAAGGCAACGGAUAACAUCGAGAGUCUCGCUAAGAAAUGAAAAUUCUGUCUUUCCUUGCGUGGUCACAGCUGAAAGAAACAAUAAAUUGAGUGUGGAUCAAUUUGCA